CCCCUUACUCCCCGGCACCUCCCCGCGCCCGCCCGGAGUGCGUGAGGCGCUCCGCUUCUAGUUGCAGCGGCUGCGGGGCGCCGAGGGCAGCGGCGGCGGCGCGGACUAGCCGGGCCGGCGGCGACCGGCGCCUGAGAGGCGGGCCGCAGCGGGAGGCAGCGGGCCCGAGGCCGCGUCCAUGGGCCCGCAGCUGCCGGGCGGCGGCGGUGCGGUCGGGCGCGGGGCGUCGCGCGCGCUGUGAGGCCCGGGCGGCGUAGGAGCCUCGACGCGUGCAGCGAGCCGCCGGCCGGGUAGGAGGCCCGGCCGGACUUGCGGCGGGGCCGGCGAGGGAUGCGGCGGCGGCCGAGCUGAGCCCCGAGCCUGCCGGGAGCGCCAGGCCGCCUGGGCCUGCGCCGCCGCCGCCGCAGCCGCGCCGACCAUGUCGGCGGCCAAGGAGAACCCGUGCAGGAAAUUCCAGGCCAACAUCUUCAACAAGAGCAAGUGUCAGAACUGCUUCAAGCCCCGCGAGUCGCAUCUGCUCAAUGACGAGGACCUGACGCAGGCAAAACCAAUUUAUGGCGGUUGGCUGCUCCUGGCUCCAGAUGGGACGGACUUUGACAACCCAGUGCACCGAUCUCGGAAAUGGCAGCGACGGUUCUUCAUCCUUUAUGAGCACGGCCUCUUGCGCUAUGCCCUAGAUGAGAUGGUAAGUGUCAUCCUCGCCCACUCCCUGUCCCCAGCCUUCGCCGGUUCCCUCCAUCACAGUGUCCUUGCAUUGUUGUGUAAGAGCACAGCAGCUGUGUGCUCCCACUUUUGUCUGUUUGGAAGUCUGGAAUGUUUUGAAGAACUUGUGGCACCUUGCAAAGACCGCCCUAAAAACCCAGACCUUUGAAGCAUCAUCUUCUGUGGUCUUGAGUGAAAGGAAGAAGUGAGGGAGGAAGUCAUUUCUGUUCAAGGCUAAUAGUGUGGACUUGGCUGGAGCACUCCUGGUUAGGAGAAAGCAAGGGCAAAGUACUGAGUCACAGUGAGGACAGGUGCAGGCUGUGGACCUGUAGGUGUGGGGCAGGGACUGGCCCUGGGGCUGCACGCAUGCUCACGUGCCUAGUCCUGGGGCUGCCUGUGAGUUCUACAGCUACAGUUGGUUUUAUUUGUCUUAUUUGAGCUUCACAUAGUUUUCUGAGCCAACUUCAGAGGCCUCCUGGUCAUGAGGUCAGCUGGUCACUAAACCAGACAUACAGGCUCCUUCUGCUUCCCACCUCCCUGGUUUUCCAGCUGCCUCCUGGGCUGGAUGAGCGUUUGCUGCUGUUGCCCCAGAGGCCAAACCUGAAAAUCAACUACAUGGAAUUUCUAGCUUUUCUUUUUCUACCUAUUUUAUCUCUGGCUUUUUCUCUAAAGGAGAUUAGUCUCCAAACUGUGUAAAGGGUUGAAGAUGAGAGAUUUGAUCACCUUUUCUAGUUCCAAUUGGUGGGUGAUUGUUUGUGUGCUCAUAUAUGCAGCAUUUUAAAAUUGAACCUGUCCUGGAAAGUCUAGUCACACUAUAUAAAACAGACAGACUCUGGAUAUAUGAGUGGAGAUAACUGUGCCCUCCAGGGACCUUCCAUACUUUGGGGGGCCCUGGGAUUUUUGGGUGGUCAUUACAGCUCACAUGUACAAAGCCCAGAAGUGGGUGUGUUUGCACCUGAAUCCUAACCUUUGUGAUGUGAUACUUUUUCUACUUUUGUUUCUGGGGUGAAUUAAGAGGUAUGAUACCAUAAUCCUGUAUCAACUGUCACCUCAUUCAUUUAUUCUUAAAAAGAAUUGUCUUCCUUUUCAUUAUUUCUGGUGAGCAUAUGCAAAUAUUUGCACAUCAUGAUUAGACCACAGGGGGUUUUUGCUGUGGGAACAUCUAUGCUCCAGGGUAGUGGAUUGGAGCUGAGCACUAAUGGUGAACUUGGCUAGAAGUAGGAGCAGGGAGACAAUGCAUUCCGUCACUCUGUUCCUUUGAGGCAAGAAAGCAGACCUGGAGGAUAGACUUCACAUGGGUCUUCUCCUGGCUUAGCCCUUACACAAGGAGUAGUCCUGGGGUCAGAGCUGGGCUCCUGCAGCUGUGAGGUUUACCUUGCCUCCCUGUAGCUGGUUGACUGGUUCUUAAGUCCUGCAAUUGGACAACAGUAUGAAAGGAGCCUCAAGAGGUCGCUGAAUUGCAUUCAGGCUAGGCUGGGUCAGCACAAGUGCAGAGCAUAUGCUGCCUCCCAGGCACAGCUCCUGGAUAAUUGAGGCCGCCUAGCCAUGGGUACCAACCCUUCACAGUGUACUGUGGUCUCCCAACAACCUAAAUAUGGGUUGCAUAAUGUUACAUGGAGUGCUCAGGCAGAGGUGUGGGAUGGUGCCAGGGAUGUGGGGAAAGAAAGAAGCCCCAGGGAAAACUUGGACUGAGAGAGGUCGUGGGGGCAUGCCCAGAGGUGAGAGUUUCUUGCCAUGGGCUGGUUUCUGGCAGAUGACCUGGGAGUUGGAGAGACUGACUCACUUAGCCCAUCAGUAUGGCUCUGCCCAGCUGAGACCAUGGAGGGGCUUCCCUGUUGUAUCAGGAAGGUCACAGGGGAAGGUUGCGAGGAGGCAGUCAGGGUAGAAGCCAGGUGGGAGAAGGCAGAGGCUGGUUUCUCCAGCACCCAGUGCCCUACAUCAGGAUUUGUUCCUCAGAGCCUCUCCCGAGGGUGAGCAGACAGCCCAUGGCCAGGGAACUCCAGCCUAACGGUCAGCUACCCUGACCUGAGAGUCCCAUCCCAACCAGGCUGGCAGGAUCCUGAGACCUGGAGCAGGAGAACUCCAUUUCAGGCAGGCUCAUGUGUGGGUGAACUCCAGCCAAGCUAGAAGCGUUCUCUGUGAGUCUUGAAAUAGACCACUGGUCCUCAGCACUGUGCUGCCCGGGGCCACUGUCCACCACUGACCAUGUCUGGAGUCAUCCUUGAUUGUCACACCUGGGGCAGGGAUGCUGUUGGCUUCUAGUGGGUGGAGGCCAGGGAUGCUGCUGAAGGUCCUCUGCAGAACAGCCCCCAGAACAAAGAAGGCUCCAGCCCAAAAUGUCAACCACUGCCAAGGCCGAGAAACUAAGCAAUUUGGUCAGUGGUUUAUUUAAAUUCUUAAUUGUUUUUUAAAAUGAAAAUGUAAAUGUGAUUUGGUAUUGGCUCUGCUCUUAAACAGCACAGGACUCA